CACCGACUCAGACUAAGAGCAUUUAGUGAGACGUCACGCGGCCCGUGUUUAUAUCCGCGCUGAUUUAAAGACACUUGUGGCUGAUUGACGUCAUCAGCUAACAGCUAACACGUUAGCCGUCGAACUUGUGAAGUUAGCGUUAUUAGCCCUCGUCAGUAGUUACCAGUCACGGUGCUGUCUCAGGGUAGCGACUCCUUUCAGCGCGGUUGUACCGACGUUUGUUUAACUUCAGCUCCUCUCGGCUCCCUGUUACAUGGAGGGUUGGUGCCAACACGAACGUCCAGCAGAGUGAACAGCAAACAACAAACAGAAUGUCAACUUUCAAGUCAUUUGCAUUGUUUUUACUUCUUAAGCAGAGAUGUUUGCAUCUGUUGUCAUUCGUUUUUUAUUCUUAGGCUAUAUCAAUUAACUCAUGAACAACACAACAUUCAUCACUACUUCCAUGCAGUAAUUGGGGGACUAUAGAUCCCUCUGCCAGAUCUGCGUAAACAGGCCAGACGGCUGGAGAAUGAGCUGGAGCUCAAGCUGGUGUCCUUCAGUAAGCUCUGCACCAGCUACAGCAGCAGCAGCAGCCGGGAGCAGCGGACAAGAGACAGCAGGUCUGAUUCUGUCGGCUCAUCUCAAGACAACAUGCUCCUGGCCAUGACAACUGAGUUGGAGCAGAUAUUGGCCAAUCUCACUGCAGCCAAUGACAAGAUGGCAGAAUACACAAACUCUCCGGGGGCUUCAUCACGCAGCGCGGCGUUGAUGCACACCUUACAACGACACAGAGACAUCUUACAGGACUAUACUCUUGAGUUCCACAAAACCAAAAGCAACUUCCUCAGCCUGCGAGAGCGAGAGGAUCUACUGGGCUCUGUUCAUAGAGACAUUGAGUCCUACAAGAGCAGCGCAGGAGUGAAUAACAGAAGGACUGAGCUCAUCCUGAAGGAACACGAGCAUCUCAGAAACUCCGAUAGUCUUAUUGACAAUGCAAUAAGUAUCGCCAUAGCUACCAAAGAGAACGUCACAUUUCAGCGUGGGAUGUUGAAGUCCAUUCAAACCAGGGUCACGACUCUGGCCAAUCGUUUCCCCACCAUCAACAGUCUCAUCCAGAAAGUCAAUUUGCGCAAGAGGCGGGACUCUUUGAUUCUAGGCGGGGUGAUAGGUGUCUGCACCAUCGUCCUGUUGCUCUACACUUUCCACUGAUCUGCUCUCAGCUGACGGACCAAAGCACAACAGAAUAUAUUCAUUGUAUCUCAAGUCUUCUAAAGAAAAAGAAAAUAUGUUUACAUUCUAAUUUACUCUCCUUAAAAAAACAGUUUAAAGAGUAAAGAAAGGAUUUUAUUUUGAAAAUAAAAAUAAAUCACAUAAACAGUC